AAGCCACUGACUCAGUUGCAGAAGUCGCAAAUGUCAUGAAAGCUUGAGUUUUGUAUAUCAUUCUUUAUUUGGUAAAACAACAUGAUCGAUGACUUUUUACGAUUCUUCAUCGAAAUUGAUAAUUUUAAUCCAUUGGGGCGUCUUCUGAAUAAUAUCAAUAGAUAACGAUACUAGAUAUAUUGCUGAAUAGUUCUUCAUUAUGUACAGGUAUACUGCAAUUUUAGACAAUUUAACCCAUCAUCUAAAGGACAAGAAAAGCAUAAGAUAUGCUUUUUCCACAUGGGAUCAGAGUAGAACAAAAGAAUACGAAGGGAGAAAGCUCAUAGGGUUCUCCAUGGAACAAAUAUUUGAUGUUGUGUCCGAUGUAGCUAGUUAUAAAAAUUUCUUGCCAUUUUGUAAAAAGUCUGAUGUGAUCUUAAAACAACCAGAGUUUUUGAAAGCCAACUUAGUCAUAGGUUUUCCACCACUCAAAGAGAGCUAUGUGUCAAAUGUGACCAUGUUAUAUCCUCAGUUAGUAAAGGCCGAAUGUACAGAUGGAAAACUUUUUAAUCACCUCAAUACUCUUUGGAUUUUCACACCUGGUUUAAAAAAUAAUCCUCAAUCCUGUGUGAUUGAUUUCUCGUUGUCGUUUGAAUUCAAAUCAUGGAUUCAUUCUCACUUAUCUAAUUUAGUUUUUAAUGAAAUUGUACGACAAAUGGAAAAUGCUUUUAUUGAAGAAGCUCACAGACGAUAUGGCAAGCCAAGUAUCAAAACUGUUAGAUUGGAAUGACGAUAUACAUGCAUAUAAAUUUUUAUUGUAAGAGAAUCUUUUAGCUAAUUUUUGACAAUGUUGAAUUUUUAUUUUUGUGAUGUACAUUUAUGCAACAAUAAUUUUUAUAAAAGUGUUAUUUUACAGAUGUUUUCAACCUUGUUAACAAUGUGAAAAACUUUAUGUUAUUAAAAAAACUAACUUGUGAAAUAAAAAAAACUUGUACAUAAUGCAAAUGAAAA